GAUAAUUGUAGAAAUAGUCUGGGUUUAUCCAUAAUUAUGACUUUGUGGCUGUGGUAACUAGUGACGACCCUCCAACUGAAUCCUUCAACAGAGAACCAAAAAAAUGGCGGAAGCACCUCCAUGGCCCAGCCGGUUUUUCUGUCACAGAUGUUCAGAAGAGAUCAGCCCUCGUCUCCCCGAUUACACAUGUCCUCGGUGUGAAUCUGGCUUUAUCGAGGAACUGCUGGAGGAGAGACGCAGUGAAAAUGGGUCCACAUCCACCAUCUCCAGUGGUGACCAGAACCAACAUCCAUUUGAGAAUGUGGACCCUUCAAAUAUAUUUACGUUCCCCUCGGGUUACGGCCAGUUUGCUAUGGGUGUCUUUGACGACUCCUUUGACUUUGGAGCGGGGCUGGGAGGAGCUGGGUUGGGAGGAGCAGGGCUAGGAGGACCUGGGUUGGGAACAGAGGACAACCGCGACGCAGAGAAUCGACGAGAACGGGAGAUGGCAUCACGGCAGCGAUACGGCGCCAGGCAACCUCGAGGUCGCCAUGGCGUCAGGAGGCAGGCAGGGAGACCGGAGGGAGUGCCCACAUUAGAGGGAAUAAUUCAGCAGCUAGUGAAUGGAAUAAUCGCCCCUGCGGCAGUGCCAAAUAUUGGUGUGGGACCCUGGGGCGUGCUUCACUCAAACCCCAUGGAUUACGCUUGGGGUGCCAACGGACUAGAUGCAAUCAUUACACAGUUAUUAAAUCAGUUUGAGAACACUGGUCCUCCGCCAGCUGAUGGGGACAAAAUCAUGACCCUUCCCACAGUCCUAAUCACACAGGAGCAUGUAGGCUCUGGUCUAGAAUGUCCAGUGUGUAAAGAAGACUACAGUGCUGGAGAAAACGUUAGGCAACUUCCAUGUAAUCAUUUGUUUCACAAUGAUUGCAUAGUACCCUGGCUUGAACAGCACGACACAUGUCCAGUGUGCAGGAAAAGCUUAAGUGGACUGAACACAGCCAUGAAUCCUCCAGGUCUAUCAGGGAUGAACUUUGCCUCUUCCUCUGCACCCCCGUCCUCCAGCUCAACCAGCAAUGAGAACUCGGCCAACAACUCCUAAAAAACAUUUCCCUUCCCACACAACCCAGUGAACUGCCCCUCCUCAGCCAGUUGGGUACCAGUCUCACCCUGUCAAGGGGAGCUGAGAGCAACCACCCAAUCUCCUCCUCACCUGGAUCACUGCCUCACACUGGACCGGAGCCAGCAAGAAUCCAAUUAAAUUAAAGUCAGUAUGUUUCUGCCCCACCCGAGGCUCUCCUCAAGCCUUCAGGAAUGUUGCUUCUUGCUGCGUGGAAGGAUGGAUUCGGGCCUCUGCCUGGGCAAGAUAUGGAGGAUAGGAACAUUAGGAGGGUCACUCUCUGGAUAACCUCAACAUGCAACAACAGAAUAAGCCAGUUAGUCGUGCAUUCUGAGGGGGGACUGGGGGAGAGAUCUUUCUGGUCUUCUCUCACCAAGUCAGUUUUUAAUUUUUUUAUUUUUUACAUGUUUUAUGAACAUUCAUAUUUGUACUGCUAAAGUUCUUAAAUGAAAACUUUCAGGAGUAAAGGAGGCUGAGUAUAGGAUGUGUACUUGGUUUGGAUUCUGCAGCUAUUGUUUCCAUGGAUUGGAAACAUCUAUCAAAUUUGAAGUGUUUUUCUCAAACAGAAAAGCGUUUACCCUUCAUACAAUGUACUUUUACAUUGAAUGAACCAACCCCCAAUCAGUUUCUUAUUGACUGAAGUUGUAUGUGCACCAUUGUUUUGCCCUUUGAAUUAAGAAACAAACUACAUUUUGCUAUGUGUUUUUUGGAGAACUGACUUGGGUGCUGGAUUUAAGUCAAAGGUUACUACAUUCCUCUUUGUAACGACAGAGGUAAAGAUCCAGUAGUUAACCUGCUAGACAGAUUCUAACAGCCUUUUCUCAUUCGAUCAUACAUAAUCAGCAAGUUUCAGUGAUUUGGUUUUUUUCAAUUUUUAUUUUAUUUUUUAUUCUAAGUGAAUUCAAUGUUUUUGUACAAUUCACAGUAGACAAGUGAAAUAUAUAGAUUUGCAGAUCAUGUAAAACCCUGAACAAAACAUGAACUGAUGAGAAAAUAAAGAUGUUUAGGUGCUACCACUGUAAUACAAAAUGGCUUAGUUUUUGAGAUGAUUGAGAGCUCUAAGGAGGCACUUCUGAACACAUUUAUUUUCAAAACGCCACCGAGUACUAAACUGUAAUCCAAUCAAAACUCAUGUACUAUCACCUCCAUUUUCUAGCUCACAAAUGACAUUCCUUUGCUGUGAUUUAUUUAUUUGAUUCAUUGUCUGUCACUUGUCUCACAUGAUCUAUUUAGCUCUCCUGUGUCCUACUCCCAGAGAAAAUGAAUAAUAGAAUACACAAGGUGCAAUUUCAGAAUGGUGGUGGGUAUGCAGACCCACCAGCCACUGUCCCCUCAU